UCAGCUAUCGCGCAGUUGGAUAGAAUAAUUUUAGAGAAUCGCAUCGCAUCAUACGAGGUGCGUUACGAACCACCCGUAUUCCUUGUUUGGUAAUUAGGAGCUGACACUUGAAUACGUCAGUUGGGGGUUGACAAACCUACAACAGAGACUUGUAGUUUAUCAGACCACUGAUAGAAAGUUUUUGUUGGCAACUGAUACCGAGCCACCGCAUUGUUUUUUUAUAUAAUCAAAUUCUACAUUCGGAAGUUUACGAGAGAAGAGAAAAAGAAAAUCAUUGUUUGACUUAAUAGUCUGAUUCGGGAACACGAACUCUGAUGUCAAUCCGAUAUACAGAACAAUUCAGCAGACCGACGAAGUUUCUGAUAACUUCACGAAUAAGCAUUGGGAAAUCGAGUUAAGGCUUAAACAAAUAUAUAUUUUAAGACUUUACAUUUUUUGUGUAUAUAUUAAUAUACAAUUGUGACAAUGUCUGACAAGCCAGACUCACCGCCCAAGAGCCCAGCGCCUUCUGUGCCUAGAAGUUCCUUCUCCAUCAGCAGUAUCCUCGGAGACACGGAGAACAAGGAAGAUAAAACGGACGAAAGUGAUGACAAGUGUACAGAGUCUAAGGAUGCGAUCAUCUCGAGUAUUUCGGACAUUUAUUCCAAGUACCAAGUGUUGUCAGACGCCACCCUGUCAACCAGGCCAGGAUUGAACUUCUGGUAUCCAUGGUAUUCAUCGUUCAUGCAGUCCCAAGUCGAUUUCAAUGUGGCUGCAGCAGGGAAAUCUCGAACGGUUCCGCCCUUGUCCAGGUCCCCUCUUCACUCACCUCUUGCCAUGAAAUCUUCAACACUGCGAAAAGACAGCGAUCACGGCAUGACGUCAUUGAGAAAAGACAGUGACGCCAUCAUGUCGGACAUGAUGCCUUCUCCUCGUUCCCACAGCCGCGACGACGAUUCUGGUGACGACGACUGUGACAAGGACAUAAAGGACGACUGUGACAAGGACGGCAACGACGACGACGACAAAGACAGGAAGCAGAGGAAGAAGAAGACGCGCACGGUGUUCUCGCGGAGUCAGGUGUUCCAACUCGAGUCGACCUUUGACAUGAAGAGAUACCUGUCGAGCUCGGAGCGGGCGGGGCUCGCCGCCUCCCUACACCUCACGGAGACGCAGGUCAAGAUUUGGUUCCAGAAUCGCAGGAACAAGUGGAAGCGACAACUCGCGGCAGAGAUGGAGGCCGCCAACAUGUCCCAGCGUGCACCUCACCGCAUGGUGCGCGUGCCCGUGCUCUACCACGACAGUAACGUCGGUUUCCCCGGCAACCGCUCAGACAGUUUAAGCAGCGGGUCUCCGCCGCUGAGUAGUUCAGUGAACGCGCUGUGCUACCCACACGGCUACCCUCACCUUGCCUCCCUUAGAUCGCUCCACGGAGCGGUGUAGAGAAGGUAAAAUAAUAAAAAUCUGAGACUUAAAAAUUUACAAUUACACAAAAUGGUGCAGUUGUCUGUCCGUCCGUCCGACAUUUUAUUCUAUAAUAACGGAACUCUGAAUUCGUUAAUGAUGGUGACACUGCAAUUGGUGCGAACAAACUACGCACAACAACACAAGACAAUGUAACUUAUUUAUGUGUGGAAAUGUUCGUAUUCUAUGGUGCAGACGUUCAAAUUGUCCCCAGAUAUAUGUUUUUGCCAAGUGACAAGUGACUAAAAAUGUGGCAAAACCAAUGACCUUUUACUUGACUGCCUAAGUGACAGCAUUGGCCGAGAUGUGACAGUCCCGUGUCUGGGUGUUGUGGAGAAAGUCUAUAAAAACCUAUAAAUUAUUAAUGUGCAAUGGUAUUGUUAAUUAAAGAAACUCCUAUGUGAAUGUUUAUAAUAAUAUUUUUGUGUGUGUUUUGGCAUUGUCAUUUUUGUUCAGUGAUUGUCCAAAUAAAUAUUGUU